AAAGAAACCCCGAUUGUGUUCGCUUAUCAAAACACUCAAGAAAAGCAAAGGCCAGAGAAACAGAGGUUGGGUAGAAAUGAAAAUAUACGGUGGAUGUGUUCUGUGAACGCAAACGAGGCCAAGCGUGUAGGCUACUACGUGGUGGUUUAUUAAGAACUGUACUAUUCAACGGUGCAAGAUCGAAACUUGAACUUCAGUGCUGCUGGUGCGUAGUGGUCCCAUCGUGAAGGACUGACAUCUCUAGUGGAUUUAGAUCAGUUGGGAGGAGAGUCAGGCAAUUGUAAGGUGUUAAAGUGAAUGACAGCCAUGGCUCGGUUGCUCCUGGUUGCGUGUUUGAUCAUUGGGCUGACGUUAUCGGUUCAAGCAGGAUGUCCCCCUGGAAUGUCAUUGGCGAGAUGCAAGCACAAUUCAGGAACUUUCAAAAAAGGUCUCAUCCAGGAACUGCUGGAAAGGAAGAACCUUAAGUUUGACGAGUUGGACGACAAGACACUACAGAGGGCGCUAGACCUCCUACUGGAGGACGAGAAAAAGGAUUUCGGAGGGCAGCAGGACUUUACGCUGGAAGAAGAAGAGCGGGGACCGCCAAGAAGAGAAUUGGAAGGGGAGGAUGCGGAGCGCGCGCGUAGCGACGAACACCUCAGACAACUGCUGUUGAAAGUCCUGCGGGAAGAAUAGAACUUAGAAAAUCUUGUCAUUUUUCAAAACUCGGCUUCGUCUUCAGCCGCGGCUCUAUCUCGGCUCCGGAAUACAUUGGAAUGGUGGGCGUAUUAUCGCUGACAUCAAAUGUAUUGUUACAUAUGGAGCUGCAAAACGCUAGAUUGGCAUGGCGGGUGGUAGGUCAGGGUUGAAACCUGUAGCCGUAGCCAGAGACAAAGCCGACGUUUGAAAAAAUCCUAGGGUUCUGAAAGACAACUUCCGAAUAUUAUGUUAAAAAAUUGAAACAGUUGACUUUAUUAUUUUUAAUCACACAAAAGUUGAGGGAACAAAACAAGCCAAAAACCAAAACAAAACAGAAGUUAAAUUUCGCAGUAAAAGCAAACUUUAUGUAAAAUUAAUAUUUAUGUUCACUUUCAUUGAUUUCGCGUAGUCUUACUUUCGAUUUCAUUUUCCUUUUUUAUAGUGUAGGCCCGACUCAAGAGAACAUUAAGCUAGUAUAUAACUACAGCUAAAGUUCAUACAUUAUGAGCAGGAGGAAUGUCAAUUUGUUCUGUGAAGGUGACAGGCUUUGAAAAAUGCAAUUCGAGGUUAAAUAUGUUGGCACGAAUAUGCAAAUAUUCUUUUAAGCUUCAUAUAUUAGUGGAUGUUUAGCGUUCUUCAGGUGGGGCGGGUAGAAUAGUUCUCUUCAGGUUUAAAAUAUGUGACCUCUUUUGUCAAAAUCAGACUUUUCUGGGCAUAAGGUCAAAAAUUUCCUUUUACUGGGUGGUGUAAUAUUUGAAACCGGUCAUUCCUAGGCAAAGUUAUGCUAUUUUGAAGUCCAUCGUGUUUAAAAGUAGAUUACGGAGAAAAUGACAGUUAAAGUUUGGGGUCUAUUUUAAGACCUGUUUCAAAUGACACUUCUUUAACUGAUAUACCUUAACAAAUCACUAAAAACACUAUAUGUAGAGUUAAAUUGUAUAGUAUAUUUUAGUCAUGUUCAAGAUUACAAAUAUGUUAAAAUUAGAAAAUCGAAAAACAAAAUCACCCCACAGCAUUUUUUUGGCCCUAACUCAAUUUCAACCUCCAAUUGGGACCAACGUCGUGCAGCUGCUGUGUUUGGAAUAUCACGGUUCAUUAAGUUCAUGUCCUGGAAAAAAAAUAGCUGAUAUCAAUGACAAGUAAUAUCGAUUUUGUUAUUUUGGCUGAAAAUUAUGCAUUUUGGCUAAAAAGGAAUUAUUUUCAUGCGUAACAAAAAUGUCUGUCUGAGCAGCUCAUUGCCACCUGCCACUAAUCGAAAUUAGGUUUGUUGGGGCACCUGUUUACAACCAUGUUUUUUUUCUUCUUCAAAACUAUGCAAAAAUGUAAAUGGAAGUAGGGUGUAAAACUUGAUCUCCUUUAUAUAGUUUCCUUCAAAUCCUUUACGCACCUUCCUGGUGUGCUGUAACGUGGGAAAUUUAUCUGGUUUUGAUUAUUUUGUUUUCUUUACGGAUUGUCUCAACAUCUUGGAAUUGUUGUCACGGGAUAGACAGUUGUAACAUGAACUAAAAUUAUUAGGCAUUUAAUACCACAUAACAUUUUUCAAUGCACAUAAUAUAUUUUUCUCAAGUAACUCUGAAUAGAAAUGCCAAUUUAGUGCGUUAUUUUUUAUAAAUUUGAAAUAAAUCUGACAGAUUAUACCAAAA